GCGGUGUUUGCACGCUUGCAAAUAACUGACAUCAUAUCUUCUUUCCGUCUGGGGAUUCAGUUAGAUAUUCUCACCGUGAGUAAAACCCCGUGGCGGCCAUAUUAUUGGAUGCGUUAUUGCAAGUUACCCCAAGUCGGAGAAGGGAGGCGGCGGACAACUGCGGGAGUCCGCUCUAUUCCUCACUGUCUUUUGUCAUCUAGCAUAGCCAUGCAAUCUCUACCGGUUCCGGUUUAAAGGUUUUUGUUUGCCAGUGUUUGGUCUCCAUUACUCUUUUCCUUUGGCUUCACCGUUUGCAGCAAAUAUCAAGUGACGUUACUGGAUUUAUAUCCCACUUUACGGAUUUUCCUAAACUGAACCCAACAAUCAGAUAUUUCGUUUCAUGGGGUGUUGUGUCAAGAAUGGGAAAGGAAUGGGACAGUCUUGAGAUUUUAACUUUGUAAUAACAAAAGGUUUUAACUUAGUAGCGUCUCUUGAAUCAUUAAUUGAAGUUGGAGUGGUUAGAAGACGCAUGUAACCGCAAGAAAAGAAGACUGGUUUGUGUAAAGGCUUGACUAUGGGCUGUGUCAAGAGCAAAGACAAGGGGCCGAUGCUGAAGUACCGACCGGAGGCCUCCAACCCCACCCCGGUCACCUCCCACAUGGGCCACUACGGGCCGGAUCCCACCCAGAUGGGCCAAUCACCUGCUGUCAAAGGCCCUGGCAACAGCUUCAACAGCCACUCCUCCACUAUUACUCCCUUUGGUGGCUCCUCGUCCACCAUCACGCCGUUUGGUGGUGCUGCCUCCUCCUUCUCGGCGGUUGCUGUGAGCAACCCCUUUCCUGGUGCAGUCACAGGAGGCGUGACAUUCUUUGUGGCCUUAUACGACUAUGAAGCCAGGACAUCCGAUGACCUCUCCUUCAAGAAGGGUGACCGAUUUCAGAUUAUCAACAACACUGAGGGAGACUGGUGGGAGGCCCGGUCCAUCAACACAGGCAAGAAGGGCUAUAUUCCCAGCAAUUAUGUGGCCCCUGCUGACUCCAUCCAGGCAGAAGAGUGGUACUUUGGAAAAAUGGGGCGCAAAGAUGCCGAGCGACUGCUGUUGGUUCCUGGCAACCAGAGGGGCACAUUCUUGGUCAGAGAGAGUGAGACAACGAAAGGGGCCUACUCUCUCUCCAUACGAGACUGGGAUGACAUGAAGGGAGACAAUGUGAAACACUAUAAGAUUCGUAAGCUUGAUAACGGUGGCUACUACAUCACCACGAGGGCCCAGUUUGAGACACUGCAGAAACUGGUCAAACACUAUACAGAGCAUGCAGACGGGCUGUGUUACAGACUGACUACAGUCUGCCCAACGGUAAAGCCUCAAACCCAGGGCCUGGCUAAGGAUGCCUGGGAGAUCCCCCGUGAAUCACUGCGCUUGGAGCUCAAACUCGGUCAGGGCUGCUUUGGAGAGGUCUGGAUGGGCACUUGGAAUGGGACUACUAAGGUGGCCAUCAAAACCCUGAAGCCGGGCACCAUGUCUCCUGAAGCCUUUCUCCAGGAGGCCCAGAUUAUGAAAAAACUCCGGCACGAUAAGCUGGUGCCUCUCUAUGCUGUCGUAUCUGAGGAACCCAUUUACAUCGUCACUGAGUAUAUGGGCAAAGGGAGUUUGCUGGACUUUCUGAAGGAGGGUGAAGGUAAAUACCUCAAGCUUCCCCAGCUCGUGGACAUGGCAGCACAGAUUGCCGACGGCAUGGCCUUCAUCGAGAGGAUGAACUACAUCCACAGAGAUCUGCGGGCAGCUAACAUCCUGGUUGGGGACAACCUGGUCUGCAAGAUCGCUGACUUCGGCUUGGCCCGACUCAUCGAGGACAACGAGUACACCGCGAGGCAAGGAGCCAAGUUCCCCAUUAAGUGGACAGCGCCUGAGGCAGCGCUCUAUGGCCGCUUCACCAUCAAAUCUGACGUCUGGUCCUUUGGCAUCCUGUUGACUGAGCUGGUCACCAAGGGCAGAGUACCAUACCCAGGCAUGGUGAACAGAGAGGUUCUGGAGCAAGUGGAGAGGGGCUACCGGAUGCCUUGUCCGCAGGGCUGCCCCGAGUCGCUGCACGAGAUGAUGCUCCUGUGCUGGAAGAAGGAGGCUGACGAGCGGCCCACCUUCGAGUACAUCCAGUCUUUCCUGGAGGAUUACUUCACAGCCACGGAGCCACAGUACCAGCCUGGAGACAACCUGUAGAGCUGUUCGCCCCCAGCAGACCACAUCCCCAGCUGCGGCGCUGCUGACUCCACUGCACCCUCUCUGCACACUUCUUCCCCCAGGGAACUUCUCUCUGUCUUUCUUUUAAUUUUUACAAUUUUAUUUAAAAAACUCCUUUGUGUUUUCAAGAGCACAGAAGGUACACAUUAGGGCCUCUUGAUUUGCAACCUUUUGGUUUUGAUAGCCUGUCUCAAAUGGGGGCAAGCCUGUAGGGAAGUGUUAAGGGAAGGGAGCAUGUGUGUGGGUUCGUGUCAGCACAGAGAAAGCAGUGGUUCACUGCAGAUGGGUGGUUCACAGUUGCACAAAUGUUUUCUGUAUUCUUUUCCUGGUCUUUUGUUUCCCCUCUGCUUUGUUUUUCAAUUAUCACCCAAACAGCCUCUGACUGUUUUCAAAUCAAAAAUGUAAUUGUAUUGAUUCUGUUGCCUUUAAUUUUAGAUUUCAAUUCCUUUUUUGUUUUUGUUUGUUUUUAAAAGGUAGUUUCAAAUGUUUGUUUAAAGUGACCAAUAACUGUGGUUGAAAAAUGAUUUGCAUAAGACUGUCAGCUAUGCUGUCAACAAGAGAGAAAGCGGAUAGUUGCUAUUGUGAAUGUAUGCGUGUGAACAGAGAGCAUGAGGAGAACAGAGGUCGAUUUUUGUAAGUUAAACUAGUGGGGAAAGAUUUGUCAAUGUCAGUGACUUGGAUCAUAAAAUCAUGAUGUACUGACUUUUUUCUUUUUUUAAAUAUUUGUGUGCGUUUUAGUGAUUUGAUACAUCGUGUGCAAGGAAGUCCUAUUCAUGAGUUCCACCACGUGCCAGCAAAACAAGCCCUUAUUUCCGCUAACUGCAAAUUUUGUGAAAGUAUAUUUAUAAUGGGAGGCGUGUACAUUCUUUUAAAGUCUUUGAACCGCUGUAAUUUAACAAUGUGGAUGAUCCCUCCAGUUUGGAUUAUCUAUUGGAAAUCGUUUAAAUCUGCACAUAGGUCUAGUUUGUGUAAAUGCAAUGAUUUCCUAAAGAAAACUUUAGCAGAGUCUACAUAUCAGAUCUUUCCGUACUUACAUCUCCACACAUUAUAUUAAAGGUGUCUCGAUUUCUUAGGCCACGCCCCUAUUCUUGUUUGUGAAUAACCACGUUAGUCGUUCAUGUAGAAAUAUGGUCCCGCUAUUUCAUAUUAGAAGAGAGACACUACACUUGCGUCACAGCCAUACAUUUGUGAACACACCGAAUUACUGUAACUUUGAAACGUGCUUAACCACCUUCCCAGCUUUUUGGUACUGUACCAAUUUUCUGGAACGCCGUCGCCCUCUGCUGUUUGCAAUUGGCAUAGCUGCGCUGUGAUUCUCUGGGUGCAGAUGGACGCUGGCGUCGUACCUGUCGUCCAGGAGUUUGGCCCAAGAGCUGAUCCAAAGUUAUAAUGGUCAGAAACGUUCUCCUUCCAUCCUGAUAGCAGCAAGAGCUUUAAAAUUUCUUCACACGGCACAUUGUGGUCAUUAUUCGAUGGUGUAAACUAAAUGGAAUGGCUUGACCUGCCAAGCCUGAAUAUGAAUCUUUAAAUGGUAAUUAGUAGGUGCUUAAAACCCACGAGGUAAUGGUAGUUUAUUAACAGUUUUUACCUCAGCAGUUUUAUGGAGAGGUACAAGUGUUAUAUGUGGUCAUAUGGGGUCAAUAAUUGUUUCAUUUGGUCUUCACAUUAGUUUGCACUUGAUGCAAGUCAAACACUAAUAGUGUGUAAAAGGAAGAUAAAGAUGAGUGUUAUUUGUUUAAAUAUCCCCUCCUUUGGUAUGGAGAGAGGUCUUGCUUUUGUCAUGGUGUAUGACGCUCACUUUACCCCGGGGUCAAGAGUUUCCCCCCUCUGUCACCAGAAUGCAGCCCCUUUUCACACCACCACCCCUCCCCCGCUCUGUCCCUGUGAGCUGUAGGGUAUUACAAGGGCUAUGGACAAGUUUGUGAUAAAUCUCUCUCUUUUGUUCUCUGAAGGAAGAGAACCGGGCAAGGCUUUCGCUGCAGGGGUGAACCAGAGUGUGGAGAAGGUGUGUACUGAUGUGUUGGCAACGAAUUACUAAUCUGAAGAAUUUGUACAGUGAAAAAUAAAGUUUUACGUAAUGCUUUUAACUUGCCUGUUCCAUCAUGUUAAUUUUAAAACAAGAAACCUUUUUUCCCCUCCUGUGCUCUUCUUGUUCCCAUUGUUAUUGCUAUUAUGAUAAGAAUGUCAUGCCUUAGUUCCUUAGUUGCUCAAAUAAAGUCUGAGAAGGUU